AUGUUGCUGUAUUCCAUCUCCUGUCUUUUUGUCUUGCUAUUGCGAGCUCAUGAUGUGCAUGCUAUAUGGCCGCGUCCUCGUUCUGUGACGUCUGGCACCCAGGCUUUGCGCCUUUCGACUAACUUUUCCAUAGUACCGAAUUUCCAGACGACAGCUGAUAUCGAUUCUGCUAUCUCUCGUACCCAGUCUCUCAUUCAGAACGACAAACUGGGAAGACUGGUGGUUGGAAGAGGUUCUUCGGACGCUUCAGCUGUCCAGUCUGCUCAGGAUCUCAGAUCGCUGGAACUAUCACUGACAAACAACUCUACCGGUCCAGUAUCGAACAUUACGACAGAAGCCCAAAAACCACUUUCAGAACGAGAUGAAAGCUAUACUCUAAUUAUUCCCUCAGACGGCACCACAGCGAGCCUCUCAGCAAAUUCUUCACUUGGGCUGCUUCGAGGAUUGACGACGUUCAGUCAAAUCUGGUACGAUCUUAACGGAGAGGCGUACACGCUAAACACGCCGAUAUCUAUCGAAGAUUCCCCAGCAUUUCCAUAUCGAGGUUUUAUGCUCGACACCGCGCGAAAUUUCUUCCCGACUUCUGCUAUCAAACGGACAUUAGAUGCAAUGAGCUGGGUCAAGAUAAACACCUUCCAUUGGCAUAUUACGGAUAGCCAAAGCUUCCCGCUCCAGGUCCCAGGAUUCAUGGAAUUAUCGGCUGCCGGAGCUUACUCAAAUGCAUCGACUUACAGCCUCAGUGACAUUCAAGAUAUCGUGAGUUACGCGGGGGAGAGAGGCGUUGAUGUCCUUAUUGAAAUCGACUCGCCAGGACAUUCGGCCGCCAUCGGCGAGUCUCACCCAGAACACAUUGCAUGCUUCCAUGCGUCGCCGUGGUCAUCUUUUGCUGCAGGCCAAUUACGCAUUGCUUCCCCGUCCACCACGAAUUUUUCUGCUUCGUUAUUCUCUGCCGUUGCGUCCAUGAUGCCAUCCUCCUUGCUUAGUACGGGUGGUGAUGAGGUCAAUGAACCCUGCUACGCAGAAGACACGCAGACCCAGGCUGCACUGAACGCCACUGGGAUGACGAUCGAGCAGGCGCUCAGCAACUUCACUCAGGCGACGCAUGGGGCAUUGAGAGAUGCAGGGAAGACACCAGUUGUUUGGGAAGAAAUGGUGCUUGAGCAUAACGUCACGCUAGGAAACGACACAGUUGUCAUGGUAUGGAUAUCUUCGCAAAACGCAGCUGCUGUUGCUGCCAAGGGCUUCCGCCUCGUGCACGGACCAUCCGAUUACUUCUACCUUGAUUGCGGAGCGGGAGAGUGGCUAGGAAACGACGUCACAGGGAAUAGUUGGUGUGAUCCCUUUAAAACCUGGCAGAAAGCCUACUCCUUUGAUCCCUACGCAAACCUAACGUCCGAGCAGAAAAGCCUCGUUCUAGGUGGUCAGCAACUUUUGUGGACCGAACAAUCCGCCCCACAAAACCUCGACAGCAUCGUCUGGCCGCGCGCCGCGGCCUCCGCUGAAGUCUUUUGGACAGGUGGAACCCUCACAGAUGGCGGACUAAACGUCACCGAAGCCCUUCCACGGCUCCACGAAAUGCGGUUCCGCAUGGUCCAGCGCGGCGUCAACGCUAUCCCCCUUCAACCCGAAUGGUGUGCGAUUCGUCCGGGAGAAUGCGACGGGUAG